AUGUCGCGGUGCCUCGGCGACCUCAUGGGUCACAGCGACUGCGGACUGUCGUGCGAACCAGAGGUUAAGGUGCUAGAGCUCUCCGCGGAUGAUACCGCCCUGCUCAUCUGCAGUGACGGCGUGUGGGAGUUCAUCACCCCCGACGAGGCCGUCGGAAUCGUGUCAGAGUUCGAACCCGCCAAGGCCAUGGCGGCCGCCGAGAGGCUCGCGAAGGAGGCGUGGGACCGCUGGAUCCGAGAGGAGAGGCGGCGCCGUCGUGGACGACAUCACGGUGGUGUACGUCCACCUGAAAACGAAGUGACACAUCAGGACGGAGCUCGCAUGACGCCGCCUCGACGGGCCUCAAUAUUCUCAAUGUUCUCAACCUCUUCGGCCCGGUCACAAAGAUGA